AGUUGGGUGGACGCAAGUAGUGCCAAAUAUGGCUCUGUGUGUCACCAAUGUCAGUGCCUGGAUAUUUGGCAGCUGUGCAAGAUCACGAUGAGUGCCAACUCCUUUGCGAAGCUGACGAGCUUUGCGCCGGCGCCGCUCUGCUUCAACCCGGGCUCUGCGAGGUGCGGGGCCUGGCGCAGGCCUUGGGUUCUCCGACCCCGGAGGGCGCCAGGACAGCGGUCUACGAAGCCGACUCGUCCCAGGCCCCAUCUGAGACAGCGCACGCCGGCCAAAGACGGCCUGGGUUUGGCUUGCGCCGGGUGCUGUUGACCACCUACGCGACGGGGAAGAUCUUUGAAGAAACCCAGCGAAGGCUGCACGACAGCCUGGAAAUCGCCGAGAUCUCGGAGCACUGGCCGUGGAACAAGUCCUCCUUCGAGUCCGGGGUUCACGGAGACUGGUACAAAAGGCACGAGCGGGUGAACUUCAAAAGGGGCGGCGCCUGGAAGCCGUACGCGAUCUGGCAGGCCUUCAGGCAUGUGAAGUGGGGUGAGUGGCUCGUCUACCAUGACGCGUCGCGGUACGUGCAGGAGGGCUUCAGCUCCUCGGUGCAGCCGCUGCUGGCGUGGCUGGAGGCUAACCGCGAGGAGAACCCCUGCGAGUGUCUGGCUGCAGUGAGACUGCGGCAGACCAUGGAGUACGAAUGGCUGCAGCAGUGCGUGCCUCCUUAUGGUGAGCCAGUGGAUCGUGACCGAGCUGCUGACAUCUUCUGCGGCUUGAUGUGGAAGCUGGGCAUAUGCAGGCCAAGUUCGCCGGCGGAGUGCUGUGCCGCCCACUGGGAUCGCCCCAUGUUGCAGCAUGCCUGGUCCGUGUGGCGGAAGAACCGCCGCAGCGCCCGUUUCUUGCGGGAGUGGGCCCAUCAGGCGGAGGACUACGACACGCUGGCGCAUUUGCCCUUUGUGGACCAGAGCCUGAAUUCUCUGCUUUUCUACAGGUGGAAGGAGCAGUUGUCCCUGCGUGCGCUGUGGGUGCCCAGCCUGUACCGGUCCGCCUGGAGACAGGACAUGGACUUGGGCCUCACCGGCCGCUCUGACGGCAACAUCUUCAAGCACUUGAACUUUGUUUUGGACGAGCUUUGGAACGAGGGCACGAUGCAGCGCAAGCUGCUGCAUUUGGUGGACCCCGCAGAUGAGGGACGUGCGGAUGCUUCGCUGGCAGGCAUGGCCUGGCGCAGGAAGCUGGCGCCACCGGCCAGGUGGCGGCGGUCCUUGUGCGAAGCGCAUCCGAAACUCUCCGCCAGGGCGGUGGCUGCUCGCGUCUUCGUGGGGGAGGACACCCCGGAGGUGUCCGCAUUUCUAGCGGAGCUCAGCGGCAUGUGGAAGUCCCCGGCGGCUUGGCCGAGGGAUGUCUACGAGCCGCUGACGUUUCUGGACGGUGCACGGCAAAACGGGUGGUGGCGCGCCCUCCCCGGCGUGCCGCGGGACGCGCUUGCGGACGGAGACGCUCUGGCGCAGGGCUUCUCUGGGGCGCUGCGCCUGGGGAGGCUGCGGCCGCACUUUCUGAGGGGCCUCUACGGCAAGGAGGCGCUGAGAGUCUUGGCGCAGGUCACCUUGGUGAACGACGGGAAAGUGGCCUGGGCGCCGGGGGGGCGGUUGUGCAGUCUGGAGGGCAACUCCUCGCUGAAGGUGUCCGGCCUCUGCCUCAAGGAC